UCCCAGCAGACCUGAAGCAAACAGGGAUGUAGAUGAAAAUGAAACUUGUUCAACAUAAAUUGGGAACUACAGAACAUCUACAUGAGAGAACAAGAUAAUAAUCUGUUCAGGACAUGAAUGAGGAAAGACACGGUCAGCCAGAGAUGCUUCUGUUCCUGUCCCUGCUGAUCAUCUGUGUGCCACUAGAGGGCCACACCUCACCAAUCACCUGCUACAACGACCAAGGAGAUGCUGUUGAUUGGUUCUAUCUGUACAAGCUGCCUAAACAACACGGUGGAAAACCUCCCUAUCAGGGUGAGAUGUAUCUACUGAUGGACAAAGGGAGUGAAGGAUGGACAACCGGGAAGGGGACGGUGAACGACACCACGGGAGCUCUGGGGAGGACAGUCGGACAACUGUACUCACAAGGAAAGAACACAGAGGUAGCAUACAUCCUUUACAAUGACCAGAGGCCACCUAAGGACUUUGGUGACAGAUGGGUUGACAGCAGUGGAAGAAGCGGGGGGCACACAAAAGGUGUUGUCCUGCUAGAUAAGAACCAGGGCUUCUGGUUGGUCCACAGCACCCCUCACUUCCCCGCUGUACGACAGGCAGGACAGUAUUAUUACCCGGACACCGGUGUGCCCAACGGACAGAACUUUAUCUGCGUUACCUACCCGCUCGACCGCUUCCAGACCAUCGGAGAACAGCUUCAGAUCAAUCAGCCUAAUGUGUACGACUGCGACGUCCCCGAGUCCUUGGCGUCUCUGGUGCCCGCACUGGCUGCUGUCUGUGCGAAAAAACAUCCGUCUGGUCACAUCUUUCCACAUGUCAAACCUGUAUCCAACCGCAGCGUGACUCUGACCUCAAAGGAUGGCACCAACUUCAUCAGUUUUGCCAAAGGAGCCUCUUUUGACAAUGACCUGUACCACUCCUGGGUGGCCCCCAGCCUCCAGUCAGACCUCCUGGUCCAGUUCUGGGUUCGCUCCACGGGCAUCCUCCCCUCCGACUGCUCGCUGGGCUGGAAGGUCCUGGACAUCACGCUCAUCCACCCGGGGCAGACGUUCACCUUCAAGGCCAGCCAGGACCACUCCAAGUGGGCUGUCAGCCCCAAGGCGGCCGGGUCGGGGGCCGGAGGAGGCUGGGUGUGCGUGGGAGACAUAAACCGGAACCAGGCGGAGGAGAAGCGAGGCGGAGGCACGGUGUGUCUGCAGGACCCGGUGGUGUGGAAGGCUUACCAGACGGCAGCGCUGGAGUGUGAGGCUUGUGCAGGAGGAACGAUCCAGUGUUGACACCCUGCUGGAGCCCGGUUGGGUUAAGGAAAGGCCCAUCGUGGGUUGAUAAGGCUGAGAUCAUAUCUGAGAUCCUGCGUGCUUUUAAGUGAUUGUUUGCACAUAUUUGGUACAAUGUGUGUAUUUCUUAUUUUGUCUGGUGAAAUCAAAUUGAAAUCAUACAUGUUUAGCAUUAAAAAUAAAUGAUCUUAUCUACAAUUA